UCUCGCUUAAAAAAGGAAAAAAAGAGCACUCUCACGCUCCUUCUCUUGUUUUGCUUUUUCUCCAUUUUCAUACAAAAAUACUCUUUUCGAUCAUUUCAUUCUCCAAACAGUCCCUAAAAGCUUUGUUUGCUCUUUUCUCCUCGCAACUUCAGUGAACUCCACAAUAUCUCCGGCAUAAUAGGACCACAAUGGUCGACGUUGAUCGGCGGAUGACCGGUGUUAAUCAGGCCCACGUCGCCGGACUCCGCCGCCUCUCCGCCCGUGCGGCUGCUCCAUUGACGGCUCCUUCACUUCCUGUCCGUAACGGUCUUGAUUCCUUCUCCUCUCUGGCUAAUAAGGUCAUAAACCAUUUGAGAGAAUCAGGUAUUCAGGUUCAGCCUGGUCUGUCCGACGCCGAGUUUGCCCAUGCGGAGGCGGAGUUCGGAUUCUCGUUUCCUCCCGACCUUCGCGCCGUACUUUCCGCUGGUCUUCCUGUCGGGCCUGGAUUCCCUGACUGGCGAGCUCCGCGUGCUCGCCUCCACCUCCGUGGGACUUUUGAUCUUCCGAUCGCCGCCAUAUCUUUCCAAAUUGCACGCAACACCCUCUGGUCUAAAUCGUGGGGCCCUAAACCAUCGGACCCCGAGAGGGCAUUACGGGUUGCGAGAACUGCACUCAAGAGAGCGCCACUGUUGAUACCGGUUUUUAAUCGUUGUUAUAUUCCCUGCAACCCUUCGUUAGCAGGAAACCCGAUUUUCUACGUGGAUGAGAAGCAGAUCUUCUGUUGCGGUUUGGAUCUAUCCGAUUUCUUCGAGCGUGAAUCCAUGUUUAGGAGCUCGGAGUCGGACCAACAAGCUCUGAAAAAGCAAAGAUCCGUCAGUGAAAAAUCGGCCUAUACGUCUUCAAAUUUUUCUCGAAAAAGCCUUGAUGCGGGUCUUGCCGGUGGAAGGACACCGAGAUGGGUGGAGUUCUGGAGUGAAGCAGCGGUAGACCGAAGGAGGCGAAACACGUCUUCAUCAUCACCGGAGCGGUCCUUCGAUAGGCCGAGAUCCGAAGUUCCAAAGUGGGUGGACGAGUAUACCCAACAAAUCGGGUCGGUUUUAAGAGAAGGCGGAUGGAGCGAAUCGGACAUAACGGAUAUAAUCCACGUGUCGGCAUCUGGGUUUUUUGAGGGAGAGAUGGUUUUGUUAGACAAUCAAGCGGUUAGGGACGCGCUCCUUUUGAAAACGGAUCGGUUCUCGGAGUCCCUCCGGAAAGCAGGGUGGAGCUCCGAGGAGGUAUCGGAUGUCUUGGGUUUUGAUUUUCGACAGGAGAAGGAAAGGAAACCGGUUAAGAAGCUGUCGCCUGAGCUGGUACAGAGAAUCGGAAAACUGGCAGAAUCGGUUCCCAGGUCAUAAAAUGGACUUCGAGAUAUUUUCUCUUUAUUUUUGGCUUUUAAAGCUAUAGGGGUUUUAAUUUUGCUAUUUUUGGGGCAGAAAAGUGAAAAUACAUGGGGAACCGCGUUCUAGUAUAAAACGGAGCGUAUAGAUUAUUAAAAAAGAGUAAGAAAAAAAUAUAAAAUCUCAAAUUACAUGAUGAGUUCAUAUAAAUAAAUAACAUUUUCAUGACU